AUGACUCGUUUGAUGAGGAGUUAUCCACACCUGGCGCAGGUCCAUCAUGCUCCCAACCCUAUGUCGACGAGACACACGGUGAGAGCAAUCACACAGACAAGUCGGACAAAGACGUUCACCUUCCUUGGGUCAGGGGGGCUUCUAUACAGCCAUGGCCUUACGCCUACAUCGCCCAUGGUGAACACCAUAGGCCUUAUGCGCCACUCACACAUCCCUCGCUCCCUAAAACUGAUCUUGAGUUUCAGCCUUCUUCGUGCAAUGCGCACCUGCCCGGGCCAUCCAAUGGGACAACAACAACCAGAUGGCAUGCCCGUGGCAUUCCCGGUUCCACUUCCCGCCACACCCACUUACAUGGAGGCGGCCACAUGCCACAUCCCUACAUCUACCUUCUCAACACUGGUGUAUCCUAUCGAGGUCGAGGAACACCCUCUAAUGCACGGCGCUGUGCCCUUCUCCUCACUAUUAGGCACCAUCUAUCUGAUCCAGGGUCCAUGGAGAGGCAUGGUAUGGGAGAUUGUGGAAGUGUCGCGCGACAUCGUCCUUCGGGGGUUGUCCAAGGUCCCUCUGCGGAUGCCCGUCAAGGAGGUCCCGAAGCCCAUCCCAGAGCUGCCGCAAGCCGGUGCCGUAGGAGCACUACGUAGAUAUGGAGGAGGGGCUGAGGCAGAAGAAAGCGAGGGAAGGAAAGGGAAGCAAGGGGGAGAAGGAGGGAGAAAGCCAGGGAGGGAACGGCGCAAAGGCGGAGAGGUGCAUACUGUGCAUGCCCCCAAUCACGAGGUGUGGGCUGUCUUUGGUCUGGCUGCUGAGCCACUAUGCGGCGAGAGGAAGAGAGAUGGUGGGAGUGCAAAACCAGAUCCCUGUGGUCCAUCCACAGGCGCAUGGCAGCGCCCUCAAAGAUACUACAUUGACAUCGACGACGUCCACCCACAGGGUGGAGAUCCCCAUAAGCUAUAG